AUGAGUUUCAGCGACCGAUCGUUGGCAUCGUCAUCCGGAAUCAGUGUGCAAGGGGCUGGAGGAUCAUCCGCAACAUCCUUCGGAGGAGUAAAUCCAUCGGAUGAACAAGUCGAGCCAUCGUCGACAUUCGGCAUUUUUUCAAUUGAUUAUAAAAAACAUGAAGAUAUCAAACAAAUGCUCGAUGGCAAUAAAGAGAAUUUAAAAUUAGAGGCUAUGCGUCGAAUCAUUGGUAUAAUUGCAAAAGGUAAAGAUGCUGCUGAUCUAUUUCCAGCUGUAGUGAAAAAUGUCGUUUCCAAAAAUAUGGAAAUUAAAAAAUUAGUAUAUGUCUAUUUAAUGCGUUAUGCUGAAGAACAACAAGAUCUUGCUCUACUUUCCAUAGCAACAUUUCAACGAGGAUUAAAAGACCCAAAUCAGUUGAUUCGAGCCAGUGCUUUACGUGUUCUAUCCAGUAUACGUGUACCAACCAUUGUAUCUAUCAUGAUGUUAGCUAUUCGCGAGGCUGCUAACGAUAUGUCACCUUAUGUUCGUAAAACUGCUGCUAAUGCAAUAGCUAAACUUCAUGCUUUAGAUCCAGAACUGAAAGAUGAACUGGUUAUGAUUAUAGGGAAAUUAUUGGCUGAUAAAACGAUUUUAGUUACUGGCAGUGCAGUGCAAGCAUUUGAACAAGUAUGUCCGGAACGUAUUGAUUUAAUACAUCAAAAUUAUCGACGUUUAUGUAAUCUAAUUGUUGACGUUGAUGAAUGGGGGCAAGUCACUGUUUUGAGUAUGUUAACAAGAUAUGCUCGAACACAAUUCGUUGAUCCUAAUAAGACCUAUGAAGAUGACAAGGCAGAUUUUUAUGGUGAUAAUAAAAUGAAAGAAGAAAAAGACGAGGACGAUGAUGAUUCAUCAGAAAAACGAACGUACGUUAUGGAUAGUGAUCAUCGAUUAUUGUUACGAGUCACAAAACCAUUAUUACAAAGUAGAAAUUCAGCUGUUGUUAUGGCUGUUGCUCAACUUUAUUAUUCUGUUGCACCUCGAAGUGAAAUACAAAUUGUUGCAAAAUCACUGAUUCGUUUACUUCGUCAUCAUCGUGAGAUUCAAACAAUUGUCUUAAAAUCAAUAGUAUCAAUGGCGAACAAACAUAAACAAAUAUUCGAACCAUAUUUGAAAUCAUUUUAUGUCCAUUCGAAUGAUAGUAGUUACGUUAAAUGUUAUAAACUUGAAAUUCUUACUACAUUAGCUAAUGCUUCAAAUAUUGCGACUAUUCUACGAGAAUUUCAAACUUAUGUCGUCAGUCCGGAUAAAGAGUUCGGUGCACAAACAAUUCAAGCUAUUGGCCGAUGUGCAAGUACUAUACCAGAAGUAACUGAAGCCUGUUUAAAUGGACUUGUCACAUUAAUGUCCAAGAAAGAUGAAACUAUUGUGGCAGAAAGUGUUGUGAUUAUUAAAAAGCUACUUCAAAUUAAUCCAUCGCAAUACAGUGAUAUUAUUAAACAUAUUGUUCGUAUGGUUGAUAAAGUCACUGUUCCAGCAGCACGUGCAUCUAUUCUUUGGCUUAUUGGAGAAUAUUCCGAUCGUAUUAGUAAAUUAGCACCAGACGUUUUGAGAAAAAUGGCUAAAUCAUUUCCAGAUGAAGAAACAAUCGUUAAACAUCAAAUACUUAAUCUAGCUGCGAAACUCUUUGUCACCAAUAAUAAACAAACACAUCUACUUGUUCAAUAUGUAUUUAACUUGGCUAAAUACGACACAAAUUAUGAUACACGGGAUAAGGCACGAUUAAUUCGAGCUUUAUUACUUCAAACUGAAAAUUGUCCACAAUUGAGUAAACAUGCGAAAAAGAUUCUAUUGGCACCUAAACCAGCACCUACACUAGAAUCGAUUAUAAGAGGUACUUUCAAAUUGUGUUGUAGAAAUAAUUUGUGUCCUAAACAAAACAAUUGUUGGUGGAUAGUAGAAGCAGCUACACAAUUAUUGUUUCGUAUUUUAUUUAUUUCAGAGAUUGUUAUUCUUUCUUUCUUAGGUCAUGACCAGUAUACAUUAGGUACAUUAUCAUAUGUUAUCGGCCAAAAAGCAACAGGCUACCAUGAUUUGCCUGAUUUUCCACUUGUACCAGCCGAUCCAAAUGUUCGCAAUGUUGAAAUUAUUCAACAAGAAACCCCACAACAUGAUCAUUCAAGCAAAUCAAGUGCAACAUCUAGAACCAAGAAGAAGAGUAGUACAAGUAAAAGAUUUUAUUCAGAUGAUGAGGCAGAAGAUGAUGAAGCCGCAGAAGAAGAAGAAGAAGACGAGGAGGAGGAGGAGGAUGAAGAAGAUGGCUCCACUGAAGAUCCAGAUAAUGAUGAAGAAGAGGCAAAACCAAAAAAGGUUGCGAAGAAAUCGCAUGAUUAUGAACAAUUAGAUGCUCGACCAUCCGAUAGUGGUCAAAAUCCACCUGAAGAUGAUGGAAGUAGUGGAAACGAGGAAGAGUCUGAAGAAGAAACAGAUGAAUCCGAAGAAGAAGAAUCAAGCGAUGAAGAUGAAUCUAUUCCACAACAUAUAUCCAAUGUUGGGAAAUCUCCAUCAACUAUCGCUGUUAGUGAUUAUAAAAUUCCAGCAGCAGAUAAAUCUCUUCUAGAUCUCGAUUUGGAAUCAAUCCUUGGAUCGGCAUCAACAUCAGUUCAACAGCCAACAACUUACACAUUCGAUGAUUUAAAUAGCUUACAAUCUUUAUCUGGAUCAUCGUCAACAUUAACUUACAUUCGACAAUACGAUUGUUUAAAUCGUAUGCUAGGUCAAGGUUUACAAAUUCAAUAUCGUUUUCCACGUACACCGUAUCGACGUUCAUCAAAUAUGGUUCAUGUUGAAUUAAUAUUUACAAAUACAACAACAACCAAUGACAUUCAUUCGAUUAAAUGUAUCAAAUCGAAAGCCGGCGUCAAUAUCGAUGGUUUCAAUGAAAUUGAUGUAUUACCAAGUGGUGCAUCGAUUGUUUCAUCUAUUGGUAUUGAUUUUAACGAUAAAACACAGCCGGCUUCAUUCGAUGUAUCGUUUGAUAGAAGACAGCUAUCAACACCACUAUCAAUAUCAUGUCAUGUUGGAGAACUUAUUGAACAGAAAUUUUUAAAUGAACAACAAUUCAAUCAAAAUUUAGUUAACCUUCGUGGUAUGAAUGAAAUAAACGAUAGUAUUAAUCUUAGUGAGACACAAAUGGGAAAGUUAAAUUUUACAUCUAUUCAAACAAAAGUACUACAAUGUGCGAAUGUUUCGUCGGUACCAUCAGGUUCUGGUACUUCAACGACAUAUAGAUUUUCCGGUCAAACAAUAUCAAGUAAAGCAUUAGUGCUCAUUUCCGUGCAAUUAAACAUUCCUGAAUUAACAGUGAACUUAACAAUAAAUUCCGAUCGCAUUGUACUGGCAACAAUGUUAUUAAAAGAAAUUAAACAAACAUUUUCAACGGUGGCUUAA